GGGAGGUGUCCUCGCUGGCCGGCCCCUCCCCUGAUGGGGGUUGUGGGAAACUGGGGGAGGGGAUGCCUGGGCCCUUUGUUCUGGCUCUCCUGAUGGCAGGGAGCCCCUGUCCCCCUCUCCCCCCCAGUCUGUGGUUCUGUGGGUCUGUCCUGGUCUCCAUUUGAGUUUCUGCCCUGAAUCUCUGUCCCUCUUCCUUCUGGCUCUCCGUCCCCCACUCCCUCUGAGCCUCUGUCCACCACCCUCUGUGUCUCUGGCCCCCUCCCUCUGGGUCUCUGUGCCCCCACAUUGGGUCUCUGUUCCCUCUCUCUGGGACUCUGUCCUUUUCCGUCUCUCUGAGUCUCUGUCCCCCGCUCUCUGGAUCCCUUCAGCCUUACUAGGGCCUGUGCCCCUUUUUUUCCAACAGCAGCUGCUGCUCACAUCCUACCACCUGUUCUUGGGGUGGGACUAAGAUCUCACUCACACACCCCUUCCUUACAACUAGGCCCUGACUCCUGUCUUCUUUAAACUAGUAAUCCAUACCCAAAUGACUGGCCCUCAUGGGCCCUGCACAUUACUAUGGGGUCUUCAAGACUUCAUCACAACCCAGGCUCCACUGGAAAUCCAGAGGAGAACACUCUUCACCCUAAGCUCCCCAGAAAUCCAGCCCCUUCUCCAGGACCUAGAAGUCUCAGCCCCGAACCCCCUGCCCCCUGCCUCAGACACAGGAGUCUGGACUCCCAGCCCUCCAAGCUCUGAGGUCCUCCUGGGUGGGUCGGAGGAAACUUGCUGAGCUCUGUGUUCUUCCAGGCCCAGAUGGGGGAACCCCGGGCUGGGGCCCCCCUGGACGAUGGCAGUGCCUGGACAGGAAGUGAGGAAGGAAGUGAGGAGGGCACCGGUGGCAGUGAGGGGGCUGGGGGAGAUGGUGGCCCAGAUGCAGAGGGUGUCUGGAGUCCAGACAUCGAGCAGAGCUUCCAGGAGGCCCUGGCCAUCUACCCACCUUGUGGCCGGCGGAAAAUCAUCCUGUCUGAUGAAGGCAAGAUGUACGGUCGGAAUGAACUGAUUGCCCGCUACAUCAAGCUGAGAACGGGGAAGACCCGGACUCGUAAACAGGUCUCUAGUCACAUCCAGGUCUUGGCCCGAAGGAAAUCGAGGGAAAUCCAGUCCAAGCUCAAGGACCAGGUUUCCAAGGAUAAGGCUUUCCAGACCAUGGCCACCAUGUCCUCGGCCCAGCUCAUCUCAGCACCUUCUCUGCAGGCCAAACUGGGUCCCGCUGGUCCUCAGGCCUCUGAGCUUUUCCAGUUUUGGUCAGGGGGCUCUGGGACCCCCUGGAAUGUUCCAGAUGUGAAGCCAUUCUCGCAGACACCGUUCUCCUUGUCACUGACUCCUCCAUCUACUGACCUCCCAGGGUACGAGCCCCCCCAAGCCCUCUCACCCCCUGCCCUGCCCCCACCUGCUCCGUCACCCCCAGCCUGGCAGGCUCGGGCCCUCGGCACUGCCCGGUUACAGCUGGUGGAAUUCUCGGCCUUUGUGGAACCCCCGGAUGCAGUAGACUCUUACCAGAGGCACCUGUUUGUACACAUCAGCCAGCACUGCCCCAGUCCUGGAGCACCCCCCCUCGAGAGUGUGGAUGUCCGACAGAUCUAUGACAAAUUCCCUGAGAAAAAGGGUGGUCUGCGGGAGCUGUAUGAUCGUGGCCCCCCCCACGCUUUCUUCCUGGUCAAGUUCUGGGCGGACCUGAACUGGGGCCCGAGUGGUGAGGAGGUGGGGACCGGCGGCAGCAGUGGUGGCUUCUAUGGCGUGAGCAGCCAGUACGAGAGCCUGGAGCACAUGACCCUCACCUGUUCCUCCAAGGUCUGCUCCUUUGGCAAGCAGGUGGUGGAGAAAGUGGAGACGGAGCGCGCCCAGCUAGAGGACGGGAGGUUCGUGUACCGCCUGCUGCGCUCACCCAUGUGUGAGUACCUGGUGAAUUUCUUGCACAAGCUGCGGCAGCUGCCUGAGCGCUACAUGAUGAACAGUGUCCUGGAGAACUUCACCAUCCUCCAGGUGGUGACAAAUCGAGACACCCAGGAGCUGCUGCUCUGCACUGCUUACGUCUUUGAAGUCUCCACCAGUGAGAGGGGGGCCCAGCACCACAUUUAUCGCCUGGUCAGGGACUGAAGGGGGACCCAAAAAGUGGCUCACCCCCAGAAUACCCUCCUCCCAGGAAGGACCUCCAGCUUUCCUCAGGCUUAUUUGGAGAGGGGGCUGCUCCCUGUUAAGAGGGGACCUUGAAAGCUGGGUGGUGAGUUGAAUGGGCUGUGACUGAGAGGAAAAGAUGGAUGGAUUCUGAUAUUGGGACCUCACAGGGGUCUGUGAAAGGACAGAUCACUCCAGGGCAUCGGGGGCUGGGGACCGGAGUAGCCCUGAGGGUAUAGCAUGGUCUCUGUCUCUAACAGGGGCCCUCCCCACUCUGUUCUGGGUGUUUGGGAGGGCCCUAGUUACAUAUUGGCUUGCCCUUCUCUUUGUUUUUCAACCUCCCCUUUUCCCAAUCUGCCUCUCCUUACCACCUCCACCCUGUGAUCCUGAUAUCAAAUAUUGAAGGUUAACCCUUUCUGUGCAGGGCCAGGUGGGCCCUGGAAAUAUUUUUUUUAAUAUAACAAGAGAUAUUUAUAAGUGGGUGUUAGGGUCGUGACUUUUUUCUCAGCUGAGCAAGCAGUG